AUGCGGGACAUCUUCAACCAGGUCCCGCAGUGCCGCCUGAACGUACGCGAACCCGCCGACCUUCUGUUGUCCACCUUCGCCGUAGUACGCGCCGGCUCCGGCGGUCACUCGAGUUACCCAGUUCGUCCGACAAGUUCAUGUGAUAACGAGCGAGUUCGGCCUCGACCACUUGAGCAGCGAUUGACUCCUCGGAUAACGGGUCGGGGUGGCGAUCUGACAACCGUCUCGAGACGUCGCGCAAACGCGCUGUCCAACGAACCAUCAGACGAGUUGAACAACGUAAUCCGCACACGACACGUGCACCCACAUAGUGAGGAACACCGAGAGAUUUUGGAGGACGCCCGCGUGCUGGGCGUAGUUCACAAUAUGGGUUAUACCCUGCCUCGACCAUGUGCGCUGGAAGUAGAGGCAAGGACCCCUGGCACAUUUUGUAUACUCUUCUGGCAACAGGGUUUUGGUUGUUCCCUCGCCGUAGCAACUCUUUGUCAUCGUUACCUGUUCCGGCCCAUUGUCAGUACUAAAAUUCAGGUUUUGUGCCAGAGUUUGGACGAUGACCUGGAGAAGGCUCUGAACGCUGCUCUCGAAGCCGGGUACCGCCUCAUAGACACAGCCGCCCUCUACAACAACGAAGCUGUGAUCGGCAAGGUGCUCACCCAGUGGAUGUCGACAGGAAAACUUGAGCGACAGGAUAUCUUCGUUACCACCAAGUUGUCAAUGCAAUCAAAUAAGCCAUCGCUUGUAAAGGAAAGCCUCCAGAAACAACUGAAAGCACUUCAGCUGGAUUACGUGGACUUAUACUUGGUACACACUCCCAUUGGGCUAGACCCUGACCAAGAGCUUACCGCCAGUGAGAGUACUGUCGAGAAGGGACCGAAGCUGGAUCUGACCACAGAUCAUGUUGCAUUGUGGAAGGAAAUGGAGAAGCAGGUUGAUGCUGGUUUGACCAAAGCUAUUGGUAUUUCGAACUUCAACAUCAAGCAGAUUGAACGUAUCUUAAAGAUAGCUCGCAUACCCCCGGCUAAUCUGCAGAUAGAACUGUACCUGUACCUGCAGAGCAAAGCGGAGCAGGAACUCUGCAGAAAGAAAGGGAUUACGCUCACAUCUUACGGGUCGCUGGGCUCGCCAGGGGCACCCACUUGGCUCAUUAAUGGAGCGAACUUUAAUCCUCUGCAAGAUCCUGUGGUGGUUCGAAUUGCCAAGGCCCACAACAAAACACCGAGUCAAGUGCUUCUACGUCAUCUCCUACAGCUGGGAAUCGCUGUCAUACCCAAGAGCUCGAACCCUGACAGAAUCCGUGAAAACAUACAGGUUUUUGACUUUGAGUUGACCCCGGCUGAGAUGAAGGAACUGAGCAGUCUGGACAAAGGCGAGGAAGGACGUCGGUUUGUUUUUGACUAUUUCAAGUCUCAUCCUGAAUAUCCGUAUUAGAUAUAUGUAAGAUGUAAUAUAAAUAAAAAUACCAAAUAAUAGCA